AUGUUACUGUGGAACGUAGCCUUGACUUAUUUUGCUGCCAUUGCAAUUGCAUCCGCACAUCAACCAAAGGUAUUGGGCGAACGAUUAGGAGUGAAACAUAAUGUUGAGAUCUUAGACAGUCAGAUUCCGUUGGAUGCUGCCCAACACUACUUGAAGCACCAAAAUCUGACUUUGAAGUUUACUAUGGUUCGAAGUAAGGCAGGUACUGAUUUUGAAAAGACAUAUUUAUGUAGCAUUCCUGAGAGUAAACAUGUUCAAAUCUUGGACCAAGUGGCAGGCGACAACGACUACGACAACCACACCAAGAUGAAUACGACCCAAUUAAUCUCAACAGGUAUUGAAGUUGUGGGACAAUCGUUCUCCUUAAAACAGUGUACUUUUGAUUAUAGUUUGGGAAACGGAUAUUGGUCUUAUGGAUAUUGCUUUGGAGAUAAGAUCAUCCAGUUCCAUAAUGAUCAUCAAUAUUUGAUGCAGCAUGGGAAACAUAGAGCCAUGGUCCCGGAACGGAUAUUCCAAUUGGGUAGUUUUGAUAAGAGACAAGCUCUGCGAUUUGUUCCAAAGGAUGAAUUUGAUAAUAAAUCCAAAUGGGAAACCAACCAGCUUGAACCCAAGGAUUUCGAGUUGGUUUCCGAAUCAGAAUCGAAUGGGGCUCGACGUCAAUUCACAAGACGUGCACUUAAACAUACGCUAAACGGUCAGCAAUGCGAAGCGUCUCGAAAUCUUGAUCGAACGGUGGAAGUUAUUUACAAGUGUAAUCCUGAAACCAAAAUGUCGGGGACACCUCAAAUCUUAUCAGUGCAAGAACUUAGAACAUGUCAAUAUCUUAUGGAAAUUUCGCUUCCAGCACUUUGUCAAGUCGAAGAGUUCCUUCCAGUUUAUAAGGAUGCUUCCAUCACGAACAUCAAAUGCAAAUCAGUUAAUGAGAAUGCGAUGGUUGGCGAAGAAAUGCUUCAACAUCAUCACUCACUUGACACGUUCUUUGAUUACGUGGAUCUCUCAGUGUUACUGAAGGAACCUCGAAAGAAUUUACGGGUACUGCUUUCAGACUAUUCCCUUAUAGCAUUAGGCGAAGGGACAUUUGUGGGUCACCAUAAAAAUGAAGGGCCGAUAGGUACUGAUGUGGCUAGCAUCGUCAAUCUAGUUGUUUACCUGGGCAUAGAAUCUAACCCUGAAGCCAUAGAGAAGUCGCUCCAGGUUGCGUUUCACAAUACUAUUGGAAGCUCAAUGUAUAGCCCAAGAGAGGAGCUUGUUAAAUGGGAAGAUUCGUUUGUUCUUUGGUAUCAUGGGUUUGAUGUAUAUGGGUACUAUAAAUAUUUGGUGAGAGUACAGAUGGAACAAGGUGAAGUGACGGUACAAAUCGUUGAUCCAAUUACAGAAUUAAAUAGACUCGGUCAGAAGGUAAUAAAGCCUAAGGCAAUGAGGAAUGCUUUUGAACUGUUUCACGAGGGCCAACCUAUGAAGAAAGACAUGGAGAGACACAUGAAACAUCGGAGACCAACUAAAGAUGCAUUCACAGUAACAAAGAAGGUAACAGAAGAUGCUAUUAUAGAGGUUACUGAAACAGAGAAGCUAACUGAGACACAGGUGGUUACCCAGGAAGUUACUGAAACAGAGAAGGUCACAGAGAAGGUCACAGAGAAGGUCACAGAGAAGGUCACAGAGAGGGUCACAGAGAAGGUCACAGAGAAGGUGACGGAAAAGGUUACUGAGACGCAACAGGUUACUGAAACUGAGAUAGUUACUGAGACUCAGAAGGUUACCGAGACUCGGAAGGCGAUUGAAACUCAAACUAUUACAGCUGCAAACUCUCAAACGACCGACACUCAAAUAUUGCUCCACGACGAGUUAUAA